CAGCUCAAGCCUAAAUAGUUUUUUACUGGAAAAAAAAUGGCAAAGCAUUAUGGUUUUGGUUCACUUUUGCUCUUCCUUUGCUUUCUUGGAUUUGUUUCUUUUCCAGCUGAAGCUGCAGUGAAGAAGUAUCAGUUUGAUAUUCAAGUGAAGAAUGUGAGCAGGUUGUGCAAUGCAAAACCUAUUGUAACAGUUAAUGGAAUGUACCCAGGACCUACCAUUUAUGCUAGAGAAGGAGAUAGAGUUCUUGUUAAUGUUACCAAUUAUGCACAAUACAACAUGUCCAUUCACUGGCAUGGAUUGAAACAAUAUCGCAAUGGUUGGGCAGAUGGACCGGCAUAUAUAACUCAAUGUCCAAUCAAAACUGGACAAAGUUACACUUAUGAGUUUAAUGUUACAGGCCAAAGAGGAACUUUGUGGUGGCAUGCACAUAUUUUGUGGCUAAGAGCUACAGUCUAUGGUGCCAUUGUUAUUAUGCCUAAACAAGGAACUCCUUUUCCAUUUUCUCAGCCCCAUCAAGAAACUAACAUCAUUUUAGGAGAAUGGUGGAACUCAGAUGUUGAAACCAUUGUUAACCAAGCUAAUAAACUGGGCUUGCCACCACCAACCUCAGAUGCUCAUACUAUCAAUGGGAAACCUGGCCCGCUUUUCCCUUGUUCUGACAAACAUACUUUUGCUAUGGAGGUUGAGUCAGGAAAAACAUACCUUCUAAGGAUUGUGAAUGCUGCACUUAAUGACGAGCUCUUCUUAUCCAUUGCUGGUCAUAACAUGACUGUGGUCGAAAUUGAUGCAGUCUACACCAAGCCAUUCACAACUCAAGCUAUCCUAAUAGCACCAGGGCAAACCACAAAUGUUCUAGUUAAAGCAGACCAAGCACUAAACCGCUAUUUCAUGGCAGCUAGGCCUUUUAUGGAUGCACCAAUUCCAGUUGACAACAAAACUGUCACAGCCAUCCUGCAAUACAAAGGCAUACCAAAUACAGUUCUUCCAAUUUUCCCUGCAUCAUUGCCUGUCUCCAAUAAUACAAAAUUUGCUUUAGAUUAUAACAGCAAACUUAGAAGUUUGAACACUCCCCAGUUUCCUGCAUUGGUCCCUCUUACAGUUGAUCGCCAUCUCUUUUAUACAAUUGGUUUAGGGCAAAAUCCAUGCCCAACUUGCCAAAAUGGAACACAACUAACAGCUUCUUUGAACAAUAUUACCUUCGUAAUGCCAAAGAUUGGAUUGUUACAGGCUCAUUACUUCAAUAUCUCAUCAGGAGUUUUCAAGACUAACUUUCCUGACCGCCCUCCUACUCCAUUCAACUAUACUGGUGCACCUCUGACAGCUAAUCUUGCCACUUCUUCAGGAACAAGACUUAGUAAGUUAGCUUUCAAUUCCACCAUUGAACUAGUAUUGCAGGAUACCAAUCUACUUUCAGUUGAGUCGCAUCCAUUUCAUUUGCAUGGCUUCAAUUUCUUUGUUGUUGGAAAUGGGAUUGGUAACUUUGAUCCUGCAAAAGACCCUGCUAAGUUCAAUCUUGUUGAUCCUCCUGAAAGAAACACAGUUGGUGUUCCAACUGGUGGGUGGACUGCUAUAAGGUUCAGAGCCGAUAACCCAGGUGUUUGGUUCAUGCACUGUCACUUGGAACUCCAUACAAUGUGGGGAUUGAAGAUGGCUUUUGUUGUUGAGAAUGGAAAGUUGCCGGAUCAGUCUAUUCUGCCACCACCAAAAGACCUCCCACCGUGCUAGAUGUUGCUAAACAGCAAUUUAUUUUCUUGACAAGGCUUCAUUGUUUUUAUGCAUCUAAUUUUUAUUUUUGUCAUGGAAUAUAUUUCUUCACAACCAGCUCAUUCUUUGAGAAAGCAAUUCUUCCUCAAUUUUAAGUAACUGAGAUUGUUUUGGGGACUACGGGAGACCUCUUAUUAUAUAUGUAAUAAAAGUUCAAUGAAGAAACCUAUAAUUUCCCUCUA